AUGCAACUCAGCCUCCUGUGUGGCCUGGCUCUGUUAUCCUGGAUCACCUGGACUGCCUGUUGGAUGAUGCAGAAAAGUCAGAAUAGUUAUCUGCAGCAGUGGUUGCUGCACCAAUGGCAUUAUCUAGCCAUCCUGUUGGACAUGGAGGCCCCACCUGAGCCAAGGGACUGUAUCCUGUGUGGAGUGGAUGGCAUUUUCCAGCAGAACACAAGCACUGGCCAUUCCACAGGGUGGAACAAUGGAAUGGAAUAUUCUUUGAGGAAUCAUCCCUGCAGCUGGCUGGUUUGGUACUGCAUGUUGGGUGGGAAGCACUGCCCCACCAGUGGUUGUUCAAAUGAUGAAAUCACAACUGAGGAGGAAGAUGAUUGGGAGGAUGUGGAUCAAGAUGGGUGUCCACCAAAUCUGCAGGCCCUGAAGAACUGA